UGAGAUUUUUGCAAUUUUGUGUUAUUUCCACUAUACAAACUUGCAUCCGCAGCUUGCAGGCUCUACUGCUCUGCUGAUGUUGUAUACAUUGGACUCAACAAUGCAUUACUCACUUGUACUUUUUCUUGUUUUUGGACUGCACCAGACAUUGAGGGCUGCUCAGAUGGAUAAACUGGGAGACUACAAGCUUUGUGGGGAUCCAGAAUGUUCCUAUGUCAUGUCUAUGGCCACAGCCUUGGAUGACUUCAUAGCUCCUGAUUGCAGAUUUAUCAACUUAAAAAAGGAACAGAUGGUCUAUGUGUAUUCUAAACUUGUGCCAGAGGAGGGCGCUGGAGUCUUCUGGUCUGGAAGUGUUUAUAGUGAGCGAUAUGUAGACCAGAUGGGAAUCAUUGGGUAUUUUCCAGCAACAAUGGUGAAUGAGACAAAGAAGUUUCAAGAAGAUACUGUUAAAAUACCAACAACUGACAUGGAUUUCUACUGUCAUUAGGCACACCAACUCCCUCAUAUCUGAAAAGAGGGUGUGCCUAUCAAGCUAAGUACAUAACGGUCUAUGCACAGAUCUGUAGUAUGUUAUCCCUGAUUACUAUUCACAAAAUAAAAGUAUUACAAUCAUAA